AUGGAUCCGAUUGCAGUACGACUGAGGGAUGGAGAUGGCCCCUGUUCAGGGAGAGUUGAGAUGUAUUACAACAACACCUGGGGAGCCAUCUGCGAUGAUAGUUGGGACAUCCUUGAUGCAAAUGUCGUUUGUAAGCAAAUUGGAUGUGGACCUGCCCAGUCGGCUCCAGGCAAAGCUCACUUUGGACCAGCACAGUCUUCCUUCUGGUUGGAUGAUGUUGGUUGUAAAGGCACUGAGUGGAAUUUGUACCAGUAUCCAAUUGCAGUGCGAUUGAGAGGUGGAGACGGCCACUGUUCAGGGAGAGUUGAGAUGUAUUACAACAACACCUGGGGAGCUGUGUGUGAUGAUGGUUGGGACAUCCUUGACGCAACUGUCGUUUGUAAGCAAACUGGAUAUCCGAUUGGAGUUCGACUGAGGGAUGGAGAUGGCCACUGUUCAGGGAGGGUUGAGAUGUAUUUCAACAACACCUGGGGAGCUGUCUGCGAUGAUGGUUGGGACAUCCUUGAUGCGAAUGUUGUUUGUAAGCAAAUUGGAUGUGGACCUGUCCAAUCGGCUCCAGGCAAUGCUCACUUCGGGCCAGCACAGUCUUCCUUCUGGCUGGAUGAUGUUAGUUGUAAAGGCACUGAGUGGAAUUUGUAUCAGUGUCAAUCGAACUCAUUGGGCAAACACAACUGCCAACCUAAUGAGGCAGCGUCUGUUAUUUGUUCAGAUCCACUUGCAGUGCGAUUGAGGAAUGGAGAUAGCCACUGUUCAGGGAGAGUUGAGAUGAAUUACAACAACACCUGGGGAGCCAUCUGUGAUGAUAGUUGGGACAUCCUUGAUGCGAAUGUCGUUUGUAAGCAAACUGGAUGUGGACCUGCCCGAUCGGCUCCAGGCAAAGCUCACUUUGGGCCAGCACAGGCUUCCUUCUGGUUGGAUGAUGUUGGUUGUAAAGGCACUGAGUGGAAUUUGUACCAGUGCCAGUCGAACUCAUUGGGCAAGCACAACUGCCAACCUAACGAGGCAGCGUCUGUUACUUGUUCAGGUAAAGUUUCUUUUCCAUUUCCUUACUUGUGA